GUCUGACCACCAGUUAGGCGGCGAAAUCCCUCAGGAUGAAGGUGUUCGUGGCCGCCACCCUCCUGGCCCUGGUGGCCUCUGUGCCGCUCGACUCCCAGGUCGAGGACCAGGAUGAGCUCGAGAUGCACGAGGUCUGGGGCUCUUCCUACAAGGAGGUCCAGGAGAAGAUGGGCCUCAACAACGGCGCCUCCCUCUCCCGCUCUGGUCAGGUGCUGGACUCGGUCUUCUGGAAGAGCAUCGCCCAGGAGAUCAUCCAGACCAAGCUGAACGACAAGGUCUACCACCACCAGGCCAAGAACGCCAUCCUGUUCAUCGGAGACGGCAUGUCGAUUCACACGCUGGCCGCCGCCAGGAAGCAGAAGGGCCUGCUGCACGGAGCUGAUAUUCCCGAGCACACCAUGCUGUCGUGGGAGAAGUUCCCGUACACCGGCCUCUCCAAGACGUACAACUGCGACCGCUGGACAGCCGACUCCGCCUCCACGGCCACCGCCUACCUGACCGGCGCCAAAGGCAACUUCCUCACGGUCGGUGUCGACUGCUCCGUCCUCAUCUGGAACUGCGAUGCCGUCAACGAGGCUUCCUCGCCCAAGUCGAUCCUCCGCUACGGAGUAGAGGCCGGUAAGUGGGUCGGUCUGGUGUCCACCGCCCGUAUCACGCACGCCUCUCCCGCUGCCACCUUCGGCCACACCGCAUACCGUACCUGGGAGUCCGACGCCGACUUCGUCGCCAUGGAAUGGAUGACCGGACCCGUCAAGGACUCGUGCAAGAACGCCAUGAAGGACCUGUCCACCCAGUUCGUCGAGCGCGAGGGCAUCGACAUCAACGUCGCCUUCGGAGGCGGCUGGGGCAAGUUCACGCCGAAGGAGGUCGAGGGCGGCUCCCGUCUGGAUGGCCGUGACCUGAUCCAGGAGUGGAAGGACAAGCAGGCCUCCCUUGGACGCAGCUACGCCUACCUGACCACCAAAAAUGAGCUGAACAACUUCGACGCCACAUCUGCCGACUACGUGCUGGGUCUGUUCAGCCGCAGCCACAUGCAGUACCGCGCCUUCCAGACCCCCGAUGACGUCAACCUGACCGAGAUGGUGAAGAAGGCUCUGGAGAUCCUGAAGCUCGGACCAAACGGCUUCGUGCUGUUCGUGGAGGGCGCCAAGAUCGACCACGGACACCACUACGGCAACGCAUACACGGCCAUCGACGAAACCAUCGAGCUGGAGGAGGUCGUUCAGUAUGCUGUCGACAACACCGACGAGUCAGACACCCUCAUCGUUGUCUCCUCCGAUCACGCCCACACCUUCAAGAUCAACGGCUACCCGGAGCGCGGCCUGGACAUGUACGGACCCGCCUCGUUCCUGGCCGGCGGUAUGCAGAAGGGCGGUCCGCCGCCCAGCCUGCCGUACCCGAUCCUGCAGUACGCCAACGGUCCCGGCGGCACCCGCACCAAGGAGGAGCAGGAUGCCAAGCGCGCCGCCCUCACCGAGACCGGCCCCGACGCCGAGUGGCGCGACCCGCACUACAAACAGUUCGCCGGCAUCUACCUGCCCAAGGAGACCCACGGUGGAGACGACGUGGGCAUCUUCGCGCGCGGCCCGGGCGCCCACCUGCUGCGUGGGAGUCUGGAGGAGAACUACAUCCACCACGUCAUCAACUGGGCCCUCUGCCAGGGAGACUACCUCACCGUCUGUGAUGAGUAGUCGCAGUGUUCUUCUUAUUCGGAGAGGACGUUUUACCUGAUGAUUAAUUUGAAUAAUGAAAUUGUUAUUUUGGUUAUUGUGUUGUCAAUGUUCAACACCCGGAGGUUGAGUACUUCAAGAAACGACGAAAUAUAUUUUUUUUCGUUUAUAUUUCUUUCUACAAUUGGCAUAAACAGUGAAAAAAGCGUAGCUCAAUCCCACCAGCAUUGAUAUUACCAGAGUACCUACAUUAGAAAUUAUAAUCAGAAUAUAUUACGAAACAUUUUGAAGACACAUUUGCAAGACAAGGUCCCAAUCUUCUUGCCUGGAACAAAAAUGGAGACAAAAAAGACAGAGGAAACAAAGCAUCCAGACAUGAUUGUUACCACACGUAUAUAAAAAAAUGUCACGAGCUACAUCGCACUAAAACGGAUAGCCGCCGCCAUUGAAGGAGCCGGGGAACACUGGAGCGCGAUUGAAUGCGCCCGGGAAGGCGGCUGCCCCUCCGAAAGGGCCCGGGAACUUUCCGAGCCCUCCUACCCCUGAGCCGGGGAAGCCUGCGCCACUAGACAGGGCUGAAGGGAAUGCAGCACUCCGGAAACCCUGGUUCUGCGGGUUUUUGAAUGAGAAAGAAGCGUAGCCCUGUGGCUUCUUGUAGGGAUCGUUCUUGUAUCCAUCACCAUGUGACUUGUAGGGAUCCUGGUUAUAUCCGUCAUUAUUAGGCUUGUAUGGAUCCCCGUAUCCAUCACCAUUGGUCUUGUAGGGAUCAGUAUCGUAUCCGUCACCAUGGGGCUUGUAGGGAUCUUUGUCGUAACUGUCACCAUGGGGCUUGUAGGGAUCUUCGUCGUAACUGUCACCAUGGGGCUUGUAGGGAUCCUUGUCGUAUCCAUUACCAUGGGUUUUCUUGUAAGGAUCAUCAUACCCGCCAGUUAGUCUACCAAGCGUAGGGGAAUUCUUAUACGGAUCAUCACCGUAGCCGGUGUGGGGCUUCUUGUACGGGUCAGAGUAUCCAUCUUGCUGUUUGUUGUGUGGGUCAUUGUCGUAUCCAUCUUGAUGGCUCUUGUACGGGUCAUAUUCGUUACGCUUCUUGUACGGAUCCUGAUCAUAUCCGUCAUAGGGAUGGUACGGGUCUUUAUCAUAUCCGUCAUUAGAAUGGUACGGAUUCUUAUUGUAUCCGCCCUGAUGACGUUUGUACGGAUCACCGUACCCACUCGACAGCUUCCCGAGCGAGUGGGGGUUUGCGUGCUGGUAGCCGUUGUCGUGUGGGUUCUUGUACGAGUCGUAUCCGCCAGUGGCUCCGUAUCCGUACCCGUCCUUUUUGUCGGCGUACCCUACUCCAUCUGGGUAGCCGUGCGGAGGACCGUAGCUGGAGCUCGGUGUGCGGAGACGCGAUCCGGCGGCGAACGCUCCGGCUCCGCCAGCGCUCGAGAAGGGGCCACCGCGGUGCGGGCCUCCGUCGGCGGUCACCAGCGCUGCGGCGCAGAGCAGCAGCCCGGCGCGGUGGGUCGCCAUCUCCGCCACACCGCCAGUCACC